GUUCCCUUUGUACAGAAACCCUCCUUAAUCCUCACAUUCGUAUCUCUCUCCAUAACACACACGACAAUUACAUGGGUCUGUACUCUGUACUUUUUCUUAAGCAAAAGGGCGUAAUUGUUUUUUGAAAAACUAAAAACAAAAGAAACAAAAAAAGUUUCAGUCUUUAUAUAACAAAAAAGACCCAAUUGAGCUUUCAAUUUUGUAUGGGAAAAUCGCUUGCCGAUUUAAGAAAGAUAUACAGUCGAGCCACCAAGAAUCUAAAAGCCUCAAAAUACCCAAGACCCACUUCGCGAUUUCAAGAAGAGAGGACUGAAAAGAAGAUGGAGGGCAGUUCUGAUAUAACCAACAAUAUUAACAGCAACAACAUAAAUAAUGGUAAUAGCAGUAGCAACAAUAAUAUCAAUAGUAAUAACCGGCGGUUGCCGCUAUCAGAGGUUGUAUCCGAUUGCGUGAAGAGAUGGUUUAAAGAUACGCUUAAAGAAGCUAAGGCUGGAGAUAUUAAUAUGCAGGUUUUAGUGGGUCAAAUGUAUUACAGUGGCUAUGGUAUUCCUAGAGAUGCUCAAAAGGGAAAAAUUUGGAUGACAAGAGCAUCGAAGACUAGGUCUUCUGUUUGGAGAGUCAGUGAUAAGCAUCCAGGUUACAAUGCAAGUGAUUCGGAUUCAGAUGAAUUGAAGUGUGAUUCUUAAUAAAGAGCAAAGUGGAUAUAAUACCUGAAACACUUAAAAUGAUGUUUGACACCUAUGUUGUUACCCCAGAGAAUAUCUCAUGGUUGCUGGUACUCCAUGUCUAAAGGAGAACAGUUUAUGCCUUUUAUCUGAUGUGUUAUCCCUUGUGGUUGGUUUAACUCUUGUUGCCUUUUAUUCUUCCUGUUGUGUAGGGAUGGUGCUGUUCCAGUUUUUCUCCAGGUUUUAGGUGCUUGUAACAAUCUCCAUUCUUUUUUCUCCCCAGAUUCUCUUUGUUCCUGCCCUUAACUGACUUUGUUUUCAUGAGUAACUCGUUGAGUGCACUUGUAAGGAAAGAAUAUUUUGUGUGUUAAACACUGACCUUUCAGUCUCAUUAUUAAUUAUUUCAUAA